AUGGAAAUGCAAAGAUUAAGGAGAGAAAAAGAAGAAUUGAGAUUGAGAAGAGAAAAGAAAGACCUAGAGGAGGAAAUUGAAAAGAAUAGGAUAGAAGCGACUGAGAGAGGAAAAAAGAUUGAGGAUAGGACAGAGGAAAUAAGAAGGGAGAUGGAGAGCGUGAAAAAGAGUGGACCGAUGAGUCAAGAGAUAGUAGAUGUGAUUCAGCCUACGCAGAUGAAGAGGAAGGCAGGUGAUAGAAUGAAGGGCGGAAAUAUGGAUAUAUAUGUGGUAUGUGAAGAUGUGAGUCAGAGGCCCAAGAUGAUUAAAAGGGAAACAUUAGACAAAGAUCUUAAAAAUGGGAAUGAGGGAAAUGAUAAGGAAAAAAGAGAAAAGGGAGAGAGGAGAAGUGAGAGGGUGAAAGAAGUGAAUAUGAGAAGGUUAAUCAUGGAGGAGUCAAGAUCCAGUGCGGAUGCAUUAGAAGAGAUGGGUACUAUCUCCCGUGAUCUUAGGAACAUCCUCCUCUCAGAUGCUAAUAAGGUCACAAAGUGGGUAGUAGACCGUAUUCUGAACCAAUGUGGGAGGUAUGAGGGACUGAUACAGAGGCUACUGAUUGAGAACAAAAGACUGGAAGAUCAUGUGAAGGCAUAUGAUAUAGUGGAGGUAGAAACAUUGAGUGAAGUUAAGGAAACAUGUAAGGCGAUGAAGAAUAUAGUAGAAGGAAUGGAUAAAAAAGUUCAGAUGAUGGAAGGAAAGAUACAGCAGAGUGUGAAGGGACUUGAGGAGACAAUUGCUAGAGGGAGAAGUGAAGGUAUGAUAGAUAGGUCUGGCGGAGAAAUUUCACUGGACAGGAGGGGGAUUGAAAAUAGUCAAGGAAGUAGAAGAUCUUAUGCUGUAGUUGUAAAAGGGAUCCAUGAUGAUCUGACGGAAAGAGAAAUAAGACAAAGGAUGAUGGAGUGUAUACCACCCGAAAAAGGGGUAAGGAUUAAAUCGAUCCGCCCCUCUAGAUCCGGUGGGAGUUUAGUAGUUGAGAUCCCGAGUGAGGCAGAGAGGGAUAAGAUUCUAAACUGCUCGGAUUUGUGCGAGGCUGGACUAAACGCUCACAAACCGAAGAAGUUGGAUCCGAGGGUGGUGAUAUCUGGAGUAAGGAAGGGAAUGGACGAUGACUCUAUAUUGGGGGGACUGUAUACGCAAAAUCUGAAGGGAGAAAUAGGGGAGGAAGAAUUCAGGAACAGGGUAAAGAUUGUGAAGAGAUUUGGGAGACAGCAUGAUGAAACGGAAAAAGUUGUAGUAAGAUGUCCAAGGGAUUGCAGGAAUAAAAUAGUUAGUGAAGGUAGGGUGUAUAUGGGACUGAUGAGCUAUAGGUGUGAAAUAUAUGAAGUAGUAGAGAGGUGCUAUAAGUGUUUAGACUUUGAUCACCGUGUGUUCCAAUGUAAAAAGGAAGUAGUUUGCUUCAGGUGUGGUGGUGAAGGACAUAUUGCGGUGAAAUGUAAAGGGAAGGAACAGUGUGUUAGAUGUAAGAUAAUGGAUAGACAAAAUAGGCGAUAUGAGAUGGUGAAGAUUCUCCAGUUGAACUGCCAGCGUAGUUACGCGGUAAUGUGUGACCUUGGCCAGUACGCCGUGAGGAUGGGGAUUCAGAUCCUCCUCCUUCAGGAACCAUAUGUGUGGCGUGAUCGCGUUCGGGGUUUACCUGGGGGAACAGUAGUAUAUGUGAGUGAAAGGGGAAGUACGGCUGUGUGUGUGAUUGAUGUGAAAUUGGUGAGUAUGUCUGUGGAAGAGUAUAAAUGGAAAGACGGUGUGGGGGUGUGGGUAAAAGGGGACAUGGGGGAACUGUUUGUUUCCUCGGUCUAUUUUAGGCCAAGAGAGCGAAUGGACAGGGGGAUGGCAUUUGUGGAGGAAAUGGUCCGGGUUGCCAGGGGAAAGAGGCUGUUGAUAGGGGUAGAUGCCAAUGCAGCGUCUAUUCUCUGGCACAGUAAGGGAGUGAGAGGAGGUUCGGAGGCGGGUAGAAGAGGGGAGGAAAUAGAGGAUUGGCUGCUAAGGACGGACUUAUUAGUGCUAAACGUCCCCACAGAUACAUUUACGUUCUCUGGACCCCGGGGGGAGGGUGAUAUAGACAUCACUCUCUUUUCCGGAGAUGAGAGAGAUGUCUCCUUCGAGUGGACGGUAAAGGAGGAUUGGCCGUUGGGAGAUCAUAAUCCGAUAAGGAUAGAAAUGUGGGUAGGAAAUGGCAUGACUGAGGAUGAGGAAAGGGGUAGGGAACGAAGGGAGUUGAGAGAAAUCAAAAGAUGGAAGCAACAAGGUUGUGAUUGGGAGGCAUAUAGAGAGUGCCUGAGAGGAAAAGCGCAUGAUUUUGGGUUGGAUAACUUUAAUAUUCUGGGAGUGGAUGAAAAGGUGAAAAAGCUGAAUGAAUGGAUAGAAAGAGUGAAUAAUGAGUGUAUGAGAAGAAUGAAUAGCAGUAGAACGAAGAAGAAGUUAACAUGGUGGAAUGAGGAACUGGAGGAAAUAAAGAGAGAGACAAGAAGGAAGAGAAGGAUCUAUCAACGACAGAGGAGGAGGGAUGGUGAUUUGGAUAGGGAGAAAUGGAAUUAA